ACAAUCCACUUUACUCGCCUCUCCUCUUCUGGCUCUCAUCCGCGGUCAUACGUAGGCGACACAGCUACUCGUUAUCGAUUGUUCUACUUAUACCGCAGCUCAGUCGUCCUUCGCUCACGUUUGUAGUAACGCGAACAAUGGAUCCGACGCCAGAGACCCAUGCGACGUUCGCGACCCCUUCCCCUGGCGACGCUUCACAGCACCAAACCGCACCCGAUCAGACCCCGGGUUCCGUCCGCAUGCUAGCCCUUCGUCCUUCGCCUUUCGCGCUCGAGAACUGUCCGAACGACACCAGCGACCUUCCGACGAGUACUUCAGAUUCCAAGUCGCAUAUGCUGGACUUGACGACGCGGCUCGCCGCUACUCUCCGCUCUCUGGAGAUCCGUCCCGGCGCGGGGAACGCAACGGGAACUCCAGACGACGGCGAUAAGCUGUCGGCCGACAGCGUCGCGCAGAUCCUUCAAAUCGCGUCCGCGAUCGAGUCGCUCUCGCUGGUCAGCUGCAUUGAGGCGGGCGAUCGCCGCGACGCGCCGGCGUCGCUCCCCAUGACCAAAUCAGAGUUCGCCACGGUGGUGCUGCCGGCGCUGCCACGUCAACUCAAGGCCCUGAACCUGCGCUCGGAUCAUUUUCUGACCCCUUCCGCGUGCGUGGCAUGGGUCGAGGGCAGCGAGAUCGCAGGCCGAAGCUCCGGCGAUCGCGUGUGGGGCAAAGACGAUGGCUUUCAAUUCGCCGGCUCGACCAGCGUCCCCCUUCCCCCAACCCAGGCGCCUCCUCUGCGCGUGCACUCAACCAACCCCCCUCCUACUACUGACGUACCUACUACAACUCCUUCUUCCCUCCCUUCUCCUCCCCAUUCUCCUCCUCCUUCUCCGCCUUCUUCUCCUCCCGCUCCCCCUCCGCCUCCCCCCGUCCUCGCGCCCCAUGCGCCCUCGAUCCGCCCUCCGCGCGUCUUCCUAACGGACAUCCACCUCCACUCCAUCGCCGCCUCCUUCCCUAAUCUCCGCUCCCUAAACCUCGACACCCGGGCGAGCUUCAAAGCCGAGACUAUCGGCCACCUCGCAGCAUCGCUCCCUCACCUGGCAGCCCUCUCCCUCUGGUCCGACGGCAUCACCUGGGAGACGGUGUCGUUCCUCCUCGCUCUCCUCCCGUCGCUGCAGCACCUCUCCCUCGUGUCUCACGCCUUGGAUCCACAGUUGCACUCGCGCAAGGCCGCCGCUGCAUUGCCCGUGGGGGCUCCUGCUCCUGCUCCUGCUCCUGCUCCUGCUCCUGCUCCCGCUGCCGCCAAAACUCAUCCCCUGCCGCCGACCGAAGGUGCUUCAGCAGCGGGUGAUCCAGCCGACUCCGAAACCCUAGCUCUCUUCUCCGCGCUCUCCAUUGCAGCACCGAAGCCCGGCGACCUCUUCUGGUGCCCCUCGGGCUCGUCCCUCGCUCCGUCCCUCUCCUCCAUCCGUCUGUACACCGCCCCCCACCGCUCCGUCUCCUGGCACCUGCCUCCCGCCUCCUCCCUCCUUCUCGCCCUCGCUGCUGGCAGUGGUGGCGGUGACAGCAGCAGCAGCUUGAGCGGUAGUGCCCCCAGCCUGCCUGUCUCACGCCCGUCUUCCUCCCCCCUGCGCUCCUUCCACGCCCAAAAUUCCCCCGCAGCCACGUGGCAGCUGGUGGGCCACCUCUUCCGCCACCUUACCACUCUGGAUCUGUCCCAAACCGAUUCGCUGCCACCCUCAGCCCAACCCGACGUUGGCUCGGCUGAGUGGGGGCGAAGCGAAGAGGCGCUGUGCAAGGCCAUCCGCUCCUUCCCUCUCCUGGAGCGCCUCGCCCUUCCCUUGGCGUCAGACGCCGUUCUGACCGAAAUUUCGCAGUCCUGCCCGAACCUCACCGCCCUGCACGUCCAGCCGCUAGCUCGUUUCGUUGCUGUUGCGUCUGCUGCUGCCGCUAGCGGCGACUUCCUUCAAACCUGCUCUUCUUCCUACGCCAGGACCUGCCUGCGUGUCGCCCUCCCUCCCAUCCAGUCACAUGUGACUGAUGCCGGGGUGGUAGCGAUUGCUAAUGGAUGCACGCGAUUGGAGCAGCUGAGCCUGGGCGGCUGUGUGAAUGUUGGGCCAGUGGGGCUGCGACAGCUGGCGAGGAGGUGCGGGCGGCUGGAGGUGCUGAGGCUGGCGCGGACAGGGGUGGAUGAUGUUGCUGUCUUGGCGGCGCUGUUUGGCGACACCUGGCAGGGUGCCAGUGCUGCUGUGAAUGAUGCUUCUGCCCCACUCCAGCUGCAGCUGCCCCGGCUGGUUCUGCUGGACCUGUUUGAAUGCUCGGGUGUUUCCUCUGGUCUCCUGCUGGCGCUCUUAGCAGCAGCCAGGGAGCUCGCUGGCAAUAGUGGGGAGGGUGUGGCUGUGGCUGGGAAGGAGGGAGUGUGUCACGGGUUGCAGGAUUUCAGGCUGCGGAGGCUGCUGGUGUCUCAUGGUGUAAUUGCUGGGGAUCAAGGGACGGGGGUGAGGGAAGGGGAAGGUGCAGGGGAAGGAGGAGGAAUUGAGAGUGGUUCUGCUGGUGUGGAUCUGAGGGUUGCAGCAAGGGAGGUGGGAAUGCUGCUGCCACAGCUGGUCGUGUCGUGCAGGCGGACAGCGGAGCAUGUGUUGCCGUGGGAUGGAUUUUUUGGAGAGAGGGAACUUGGUGUGGAUGGAAAUGGUGAUACUAGGAAUGCUGAGAUCUAGUGUGAUUUAUCAGCUUGGAGGAGGUGUUUGUGUGUGGUAAUGUGGAAGUGGAAUCUAGAAGGGAUGUAUAGCCUUAUGUUUGUGUCAUUUGUGUGAUGUGUGUCCAUUUUUGAGUAAAAAAGUAAAUGUAAUUUC